UAUCAGUCAUUUUAGAAUUAUUAUUUAUACUAGCUCUUAAAUUAUUUAACAAUUACUAGCUCAGCUGAACGCCUUUAUCCUUGACGAAAUGAUGCUAAAAUAAACAAAAUACUUUAUUUAAGAAUCGUUUUUAAACUUUUACACAGCUUCCUUUUUUUUUUUUUUUGGAUUACGUGUCGCUGCGUUCAUUCCGGAAAACAGGUAAAGGGCGUGGCGACAGUCCAGGUGUCCUCCACAGACGUCGAGCUACAGUAUGUUUAUAUUUCGGACGAAAUAAGAAAUGGCUUUGACUCAAGAGGCGAUUUUAAACAUACUGUUAGAAGGCAAAGGAAAGGUGAAAAACUCGGAGCUGCUGAACAAGUUCAAAGAGCUAAACUGCAGUGAUCCGGCGCAGAAGAAACAGAACCGAGAUCUCUUCAAAACCUUUGUGAACAACAUUGCUGUUGUGAAAGAAUUCCCGGAUGCCAAGUAUAUAGUCCUAAAGAAAGUGUACAAUCAUUUACUAGAAGCCUCAAACAACAAAAACGCACCAGAAGAAGAUCAAGAUGGAUCACAUCCAGAAGAAGACGAGAAGGACAAAUCCACUCAUUCCCAAAAUGCAGAAGGUAAGAAGUCUGAACACAAAGCUCUGAGCAGAUCUUCGUCAAAGGGUUCAGACAGCAGCGCAGAACUCUCUCCAAUAGAGAUUGCUUUGCAAAGAAGCAAGAAUGUUGACUUUAAACCUAAAAGGUCUUUAAAUUUCACCGUCCCGCUGAAGCCUGACCCUGAUUUCUCUGAUGACAAGCAUGCAGCAGCCAAGAAAGAACAAAGCAAACGGUUUGCUUUACCUUUACGGAUGCCCCAAAUAGACUUGGGUCAUCAUUACAAGAAGCCUUCUACUGAGAGCUUGAGACGAGAGCUUCAACCCUCGCCGCAGUGUAAGAGGAGAACAGACAGCGUGGCCUGCGCCGGUGCCUCGCCGCAGUUACGGAGACACUUCAAGACCCUUAAACAAGCGGAUGAGCCCAAGGAUUGCCCGCUUGAUCCCGUGGAGCACGAGUGGCUGGUGAAGUCUGCGGCCGGACAGUGGAAUCAAGUGUACGGCCUGCUGUUAAAAGACGCCCAGCUUGCAGAGAAGAAGGACUUCAUGUCAGGGUUCACGGCGCUGCACUGGGCCGUCAAGUGUGGAAACGCUGACAUGGUGUGUGGGAUUAUUGAGGUGUCUAGAAAGAGCGAUCACGGGGUGGAUGUCAAUGGCAAGUCCAAUGGUGGCUACACGCCGCUUCACAUCGCUGCCAUCCACCAACAGCUCUCUCUGAUUGACCUUCUAGUCCGUAAGUACGGCGCCAAUGGGAACAUAAGGGACAACUGCGGUAAGAAACCCUACCACUACCUGGACAAAGGGGUCUCGAGAGAGCUGCGGGAGCUUCUCGGAGAUCCGAAAGCUGGCCACCAGGAGGUGCAUCAUCUUCAGGUCAGGGAGGAGUAUGAUGCACGGAAAUACUCUCUAGGUCACCUCUUAACUCAUCCGGUGGGGCUCAAGAAAAAGAACAAGGCGAGAAACCAGUUCAUCUCCGUCAAUGACGAAGGCAGAGAGAGGGAUGAGCCAGUGUUGCACAAACUGAGGCUGGGAUCUGAUGUCUUUCCAUAACUGAGAUUAAAUGUUUGUUUUGGAGACAAUAUAUGUGACCCUGGAGCACACAAGCAGUCAUUGAGUAGCACGGGUAUAUAUUUGUAGCAAUAGCCAACGAUACAUUGGUCAAAAUUAUCCAUUUUUCUUUUAUGACAAAAAUCAUUAGGAUAUUAAGAAAAGAUAAAUACCGUAAAUAUAUCAAAACUGAAUUUUUGAUAUUAGUAAUAUGCAUUGCUUAGAACUUCAUUUGAACAACUUUAAAGGCGAUUUUCUCAAUAUUUUGAUUUUUUUGCACCCUCAUAUUCCAGAUUUUCAAAUAGUUGUAUCUCAGCUAAAUAUUGUCCGAUCCUAACAAACCAUACAUCAAUGGAAAGUGAUUUAAAAAAAUUACACUUAUGACUGGUUUUGUGGUCCAGCGUCACAUGAAUCAGCCUUUAUCUGAGAUUCUAGAAGAAUUGUGUACUUCCAAAGACUUCCGUUCAUUUAAAGAUGAUUUUUAAUACGAACGACGAAUAUACCCUGCCGUUCAAACCACGUUUUACAGAAAUUAUUAUUUUAAUUCAGCAAGAACACUUUAAGUUGAUCAAAAGUGAGAGUAAGAAUAUGCAUGUUGUAAUAGGUACAAAAGAUUUCUGUUUCAUGUAAAUGUUGUUCUUUUGGACUUUCUGUUCAUCGAAGAAUCCUGAAAAUGAAAUGUAUUGCAGUUUGCACAAAAAUAUGAAUCAGAAAUGUUUUUCGAGCAGCAAAAUCAGCAUAUUAGAAUGAUUUCUGAAGGAUCAUGCAACACUGAAGACUGGAGCAAUGAUGCUGAAAAUUCAGCACUGCAUCACAGAAAUGAAUUACAUUUUAACAGAGAUUCACAUAGAAAAUGGUUAUUUUAAAUUAUAGUAAUAUUUCACAAUAAUACUGUUUGGAUUGUAAAAUGCAGCCAUGGUGAGCGGAAAAUACUAAAGAAACAAAAAAAAUCUUACCAACCCCAAGCUUUUGAACGGUUGUGUGCUAUAUGUGUAUUAUAUUGUGUUAUAAUAUAAUGUUUUCAGAUUUAAAUGUUGCAAUUACAGAUGAUUGUAAAUCACGAGGUGAUUAUGAGGGUUGUAGGGAGCGUAACUCAUUGGGAGCGGCCUAAUUCUUCUUUUCUGGCUGUUUAGGCAUCACAUGUUUGCACACGUUCACUUAGGUGUUGUGACAAGCUGGGCAAAAUUUUUGAGAAUAUUUUUGUAAUUAAUGUAGAUGUCAAAACGAAUUUCUGAACACAUUCAGGUCAUGUUUUAUUCUGAUCAACAUGCUUUUUUUAGUCAUGCAUAAUCCUGUAUUGCCAUGGUCAUAGAAAACCUGUAAUUGUGGGCGCCAUAAUCAUGCCAUCCCUAAACAAUAAAUACAUUUUCUUAU